AUGUCCAUCACAGUAUUGGUGACUCUGUUGAGUGGUGACCAGACCUGCGUAGCGGCGUCCGAGGGUGAAACGGUCGAUGUGCUGCGACGAAAAUCGCAGAAACAGCUGAAUGUCAGCAUUGGACAUCUCAUCACUGCUGCAGGCUCUUUGCUUGCGGGGUCUGCUACCCUGGAGCAGGCAGGCGUUACAGAUGGUCAGACAGUCACAGCCAUCGUACGCGAUGCUGCUGUUGCAGCGACGACAGGGGCUUUUGCAUUGAUCAGGGCAGACGGCUCCGUCGUAGCGUGGGGGGCUUCCCAGGAGGGUGGCAACUGCAGCGAAGUUCAAGAGCAGCUGCAGAAUGUGAAAUGCAUCAAAGCCGCAGACAGGGCGUUCGCCGCGAUUCGAGAAGAUGGUUCUGUUGUGACAUGGGGUUGGACAGAACGGAGAGAAGCGGGAGGCGAGACCUACCCAGUCCAUACCCAGCUGCACAAUGUCGCAGAGAUCCAGGCCACGCGCGGUGCUUUUGCGGCCAUCCGCACAGAUGGCACUGUUGCAACCUGGGGCUCCCCCCGUCACGGUGGCGCAGUGCCCGACAUCGUCCGUAAGCAGCUCCGCGAUGUCAAGAAAAUUCAGGCGAACAGAGACACCUUUGCGGCGCACCGCGGCGACGGAAGUGUGGUGACCUGGGGUGCAGGUGCUGAAUACGACCCUCCACCGCCGAAUUUUCUUCAGGAUGUCCUUUGCAUUCAGGGAUUUGAUUUCGGGUUCCUUGCCGUGAAGAGCGACAGCGUGGUAUCCUGGGGUGUGUGUACGCGAACCUCUACGCAUUCCGAUGCUGACUUCCGACAGUGUGCCGCACAAAUGGCAGUGAAUGCAUGGGCUACUGUGAGCCGAGAAGGACGUCUGCAUGUGGAAUUUGGACCAGGACAAAACGCAGAGAAGCUUCAAGAUGUUGAGCACGUUCAACGUUGUCUUAGUCACGCUUUCGCAGCUCUCCGGAAAGACGGGACGGUGGUGACCUUCGGUGACAUUCGCCUCCGACCGAAGCCCUCCGUCCGGAAUCAGCUGAGGGAUGUAGUUCAGAUUCAAAGCACCGAAAGCGCCUUCGCAGCAAUCCGCGGUGAUGGGUCGGUCGUGACAUGGGGUCAUAAGGGCAAGGGAGGGAGCAGCCGCAAUGUUCAGCACCGUCUCAGCAACGUCAAGGCAAUACAGUCCUCGUACGGGGCAUUUGCUGCUAUUCGAGAUGAUGGGUCGGUUGUCACAUGGGGUAAUAAGUCGAUGGGAGGAGACUCCAGUGCCGUGCAAGCCCAGCUCAAGAACGUCAAGUGCAUUCAAGCUACCGUGGGUGCUUUUGCUGCGAUCCGCGUUGACGGAUCGGUUGUGACAUGGGGAAAUGCCAAAGCCGGUGGGGACAGCCGACACAUCUCCACACAGCUGGGGAGAUCUCCAGAAGAGGACAAGCUUUCGGCCGCCUUGGCAGAUCGCGUCAAAGCGGCAAAGCCCAAAGCAAAGCCGAAGGCGGGAUCCUGGCCGAAAGGCAAAGCAAAGCCCAAAACGAAGGCCAAGGCGAAGCCCAAGGCAAAGUCCGUGGCCAAAGUCAAGGCGAGAUGCCUCAAGAAACCGAGUCGACGAUAA